AUGGUGGAUGGCAUCCUAUUUCGAGAGCUUUUGGGCUUGGAGAAAGAGAACAGAAACGGUUAUUUCACACCUGCAGAGCAAAGGGCCUUGAACAGUACCUUUACGGGACUAAGUGACUACAGGCUGAUGAUCAAACAAGAAGAAUCUGAGCCUGAGCACAACAAGAUUGCAUUUAUAAUCGUCCACUUGAACACGGUCCUUGUGUCUUUGCAGAAUGAUAUCAUCUCCCGGAUUUCCUCCAAUUUUGGCUUCACUUCGGUGGGUGUCUUCUUGGGGCUUGGCCUGUUUGUGUCCUUGAUCUUGAACCCCUUCUUCAGCGGCCUGUUCCUGUGGACCUUAUCACUGUUGGGUCCGGUGAUUGCCCUCUUCAUCGUGGGGAGCUUGGUGCAGUUCCGGAUUUAUGGGCCCAUCACGGCUCAGAGCUAUGCUUGGGGUUUGUCCCCAUGGCCUGAGGUGGAGCGUUGGAGAAUCUUUGUCAUAUUUAUGUUCACUUGUGCCUUCAUCAUCUCACUCUUUUACCACCACUUGCAUUCACUCUCCCAUGCCUUCUAUGCUCGAAGCUUACAGAAAGCAUACUUUGAUCGAGGACGAGAUUGGGAUUGGUCGGAUGUGGGGAAGAAUCCCUUCCUGCCGUUGAUGCUCUUCACUGGCACCGUCACCGAUUUUCGCCUCCCCGGCGAUACGACGCCGAUCACGGAGAUUUUCAUCAGCCCGCUUCACACAGGUAGCGAGCGCACGGGCUUUGUCUCGACACCCCCCUGGCGCUCCUUGUCCAAGUCAGCCGCUUUGGCCGCAGCCGCCAGCGAUGCCUUCAUCAUCGGUAUGCUGGAUCGAGCUCGGUACCGCUUUUGGCUCGAAUUCUUGAACCUGCGGAUGGGUGACUACAUCCUCUUUCAUGGGCGGCCGUCGCCCCUACUGACGCGCAUCAGUCAGUACAGAUGCUUGACGGAUAAGCCCUUCUUCUUGUACGGCCUCAUACCGAUUUGCUUGCAAACCUUUGGCCUGGCAACUUGCCUAUAA